AUGUACCAGCGGGCGUUGCAAGGCAAAGAGAAGGCCCUUGGACCAGAUCACACAUCGACCCUUGAUACAGUCAACAACUUAGGCACCCUCUACUCCAAUCAAGGCAAGCUGGUGGAGGCCGAGCAGAUGUACCAGCGGGCGUUGCAAGGCAAAGAGAAGGCCCUUGGACCAGAUCACACAUCGACCCUUGAUACAGUCAACAACUUAGGCACCCUCUACUCUGAUCAAGGCAAGCUGGUGGAGGCCGAGCAGAUGUACCAGCGGGCGUUGCAAGGCAAAGAGAAGGCCCUUGGACCAGAUCACACAUCGACCCUUGAUACAGUCAACAACUUAGGCACCCUCUACAAAGAUCAAGGCAAGCUGGUGGAGGCCGAGCAGAUGUACCAGCGGGCGUUGCAAGGCCGUGAGAACCCCUUUACUACACCAUACAUCAGAAGGCAUACUAAUAGUCGCAAAUACAGGAUAUUACACCCUACAGCGUGCUCUGUCCUAGCACAGCCUUAUUCCUCCUAUCCUUCGUCUCCCUCUGGCUCGGAAUAUUCACUUUCAACUUCCUGGAUAUACAUCAUCGCACAUCGUACACAUGGAGCUGGCACCCACCAUACCUUGGGGCAGAAGUCUCUCGCGAAACUGAUGUUACGCCAACUCGCCGAAGAUCCUAAUAAUGGAUGUGAGCCACUUGGGAAACAAGGGGCCUGCGGUACUCUUCUCAGAAUGACUUUGGAACCGUAUAGAUAUACUUUCGUUGCAAAGGGGACCGUGACGGCAUUCACAGCGAAGUUGAAGCACGAAGGUCUGGUCUACCGACAUUUAGACGAAGCUUAA